UUUCUGUAUUGCUUCCUCUUCACUUCCAACCCAAUCUUAUUCCAACUUUCUUCCCCUCUUUUUCUUUCUGCUUUUCUGUUAUUUACCCAACCCAACCCAACUGCUCUAUAACCCAAACACUUGAUCACAUUUCAAGAACCAACAAAAUUCUCAUAUUUAUCUUCAAAGUUCCAAUCUUUCUUCCAUAAUUCCCCAAAACACACACACCCAUUUGGGAAUUUUGAUCAAAAAGAUUAAUUCUCAUCAAACCCAGUUCAGAUCAGCUGUUUCAAGAUUCAAGAACCAACAAAAUUGUCAUAUUUACCUUCAAAGUCCAAUCUUUAUCCCUUAAUUCCCCAAAAAACACACACCCAUUUGAGAAUUUUGAUCAAAAAGAUCAAUUCCCAUCAUACCCAGAUCAGAUCAACAGUUUCAAGAUUCAAGAAUGGAAAAAGAUGCUUUCUUUAACAAUGGAAUGCAAAUCCCACAAGCCUGGAAUUCAAUCUUUGGAAUGGAAUUGGAAGCUCAAGUUAAUGAGAUGAAUUGUAGUACUAAACAACUUUCCAAUUCCUUUCUCAACAGGAAUUGGGAUAAUUCAGUGGAUCAAAGUGAUCCCUUUGAAUCUGCAUUGAGUUCCAUUGUGUCAUCUCCGGUUAAUUCGCACUCCGGAAUCGCAAUCCCAGGAAGUGAAAAUGUAGUCCUCAAGGAACUUAUUGGUAGAUUAGGGAGCAUAUGUAAUUCAGGAGAGAUAUCACCACAAUCUUGCAUUGGAAACACUAGUACCAACACAUCAUGUUACAACACUCCAUUGAAUUCUCCACCUAAGCUCAAUCUAUCAAUGAUGGAUCAUCAUGGGAAUCCGAUUCCGAUUCCCAGGAAUCAUCAUCAACUCCCACCUGCUCCAUUUCAUGCAGAUCCUGGUUUUGUUGAAAGAGCUGCAAGGUAUUCUUGUUUUGGGAUGAAUGAGGUUGAAUUCCCUCAUAUGGUGGAAUCAGGAAAGUUGUCAAGAGUAUCAAGUAAACAGUCUUUCAAGAGUGGUGAAUUCGCAAUUCCGAUUCCGGCUGCGGAUAAGAAGUUGGAUAACUCCAUGGAGGAAUCAUCACUGUCUGAACAGAUCACUAAAGAUCAAAGUACCAAUUCCAAUGGUAGAAAGAGGAAAGCAAUUCCUAAGGGAAAAGGAAAAGAAUCCCAAUUCAAUACUCUACCAGCUGUAGACAAUAAGGCUGUAGGAGAACAAGAGAAAGAGGAAUCAGAUGCUAAAAGAAGCAAGCAAGAUGAAGAAGGGAAUGGAAUGGAAAAAGAGAAGGAGAUGGAGAAGGAAAAGGAAGAAGGGAACCGGAAUCGGAAUCAGAAACAAAAUAAGGAAAAGGAAAAGGAAAAACAAGCAGAGCCACCAAAGGAUUACAUUCAUGUUAGAGCAAGAAGGGGUCAAGCUACUGAUAGCCAUAGUCUUGCAGAAAGGGUUAGAAGAGAAAAGAUCAGUGAGAGAAUGAAGUUUCUUCAAGAUCUUGUCCCUGGUUGUAACAAGGUGACCGGAAAAGCGGUUAUGCUUGACGAGAUUAUAAACUACGUGCAGUCGUUGCAAAGACAAGUCGAGUUCUUGUCAAUGAAACUAGCAACUAUUAACCCAAGGACAGAUAUGAACAUGGAAGCCCUUUUAUCUAAAGAUACUCGGCCUUCCAUGUUAAAUACGAUGAACCAUUUGGAUGCACCGGCUCAGCCAUUCUAUGGCUUGGUUCACGACGGACCACAGAACCAAUUGACCUCAAUGAUGCACCGCGGUUCAAACAUGAAGUCAUCACAAACCGAUGACUUUGGCGACGCUUCUGCAUUCUGGGAAAAUGAUCUUCAGAGUGUUGUACAGAUGGGAUUCAACCAAAACCAAGGAUCAAUCUUCCAAGGACUAAUUGGCGCGGGUCAAAUGAAAGUCGAGCUAUGAUACCGAAAUUGUUGACAUAAUUAUUUAGGCCAUUAAAGCAAGAAGAACAUUUGUAUAGAGAAAGGAAGAAGACAUAUAUCUUCACUUAAUAUCUUAUGUUUGUAUAAUCCUAGAACUAAUUCCUAUAAAGUUUGUGAGGUGGGAAAUGUACUAAACUAUGUAAAAUGUUGUGUAACAUUGUUCAAAGGUUGAUUCAUAGGGAGAGCCUGCAAGGCUGCAACCUUAUUUACUUAACAAUAUGAUACAUCUAAUCAUUAUUUUUUGUUUAUC